AUGCGCUUUACCCCAGCUCCAACAGGCCCUGAGCCAGCAGACCCGAUCGUGAAGGGCAUCAUCCCAACCGCAAAGCAGAGUCUGUCUGAUCUGCUCAAGUGGAAGCAGAGAGUCGUCGUGACCAAUGAACAUGGCGAAACUCACUGCGAAUGGCACGACCCGGAGCCGCUCAAGAAUCCCUUCUCCCUCUUCGCACAGCUAAGCGCACGCGAUUGGCUUUUCUUCAUGUGCGGCUUCUGGGCCUGGACAGCCGAUGCUUUCGACUUUCAUGCCCUCUCCAUCCAAACCGUCAAAUUAGCAGCAUACUACGAUCAAUCCAAUACCAGCAUCACCUCGGCCAUCACCCUCACCCUUCUCUUGCGAUCUAUUGGAGCCGCCGGCUUCGGUCUCGCGGGAGAUAGAUUUGGCCGCAAAUACCCCAUGGCCUGCAACAUGAUAGUCCUAGGCCUUCUCCAGGUCUCAACCAUCUACUGCAGGACCUUCCAACAGUUUUUGGCCGUAAGGAGUCUCUUCGGGCUCUUUAUGGGCGGUGUCUACGGAAACGCGAUUGCGAUGUCUCUUGAGCACUGCCCAGUCAAUGCCCGAGGCUUGAUGUCUGGGAUACUGCAGCAAGGCUACGCUCUUGGAUACGUGCUAGCUGCAUGUGCCAAUCUAGGCGUUGGCGGAGGCGUCGAGACGUGGAAGACCGUCUUCUGGAUUGCGGCCGGCGCUUCCAUCGGAGUCGGGCUCAUCCGUCUCUGCUUUCCCGAGAGCCAGCAGUUCCUCGAGGCCAAGAAGAACGGCACCAAGGACGCCUCCGCCAGCGACUUCUGGAAGGAGACCAAGCUCAUGCUGGCCCAGGAGUGGAAGAUGUGCGUCUACUGCGUGAUCCUGAUGACCUGGUUCAACCUCUACAGCCACACCUCGCAGGACUCCUACACGACCUUCAUGCGCCAGGCCAAGGGGCUGGACAACGCGGCCGCCAGCCGCGCCUCCAUCUGGAUGAAGACGGGCGCCUGCGUGGGCGGGACCAUCAUCGGGUACGUGUCGCAGCUCCUCGGGCGGCGCCGCUCCAUGAUCUUCUCGGCGCUCAUGUCCGGCCUGAUGAUCCCCGGCUGGAUCCUCCCCAGCGGCGAGCGCGCCCUCUCGGCCACGGGCUUCCUGAUGCAGUUCUGGGUGCAGGGCGCCUGGGGCGUGAUCCCCAUCCACCUCAACGAGCUGUCGCCCGCGGCCUACCGCUCCACCUUCCCGGGCCUCACCUACCAGCUCGGGAACAUGAUCUCGUCGCCGUCCGCCCAGGUCGUCAACCUCCUGGCCGAGCGGAUCCACGUGAGCGACGAGGGCGGCCCGCACGUCAAGGCCUACGGCCCCGUCAUGGCCAUCGCCACUGCUGCCAUCGCGCUGGGCAUCGCCGUGACGGUCGGCCUCGGUCCCGAGCGACGCGGCCGGAAGUUUGAGAAGGAGCCCAUUGCGGGGGCCCGCGUAUCCGGACCCGCCAAAGAUGUCGAGUACGGGGAAGAUGACGAGGAGCAUGAUGUUCGGAAAGUCACCGUCGAGAUGGACGUCAUGGAGACGAACCUCCUCCUCCUCCUCCUCCUCAUCGCGAUAUCAAACCCACCGCCCCACCACCCAGCCUGCUCACCUGCUCACCUCCUCACUUUCCCCUCCCCCUUCUCCCCCGUCCCCUCCUCCUCACACCUAACAUCUCCAAGCAACAACUCCCCCUUCUCAUCAUACCGUCUCGGCUCAUUGCGCGCAACCGCCACGACCGCGAAGGCGGACCUCGUCUUCGCGAAGAUGGCGUCCAUCUCCUCGAGGGAGCGGAAUAAGAUAUACCAGAAAGUUGAAAAGCCAGUUCCCCGACGUCGCGAGCGCGUUCGCCGGCGCCCGGAUCCGCAGCGGCACAAUCUCCGCCGGGUAGAGCCAGGUCAUGCCCAGCCAGCCGACGGCGAAGAACGAGUUGAAAACGAACAGGAAGACCGUCUGGCCGACGCCGGCUUUGGCUCCACCCACCGAGUCCGUGACGGCGAGCGCGACCAUCGAGAGGGACAUGCCCGCCGCGCCGAACAGCAUCAGGCUCCGCCUGCCGAAGCGCUCCACCGUGAAGACGGCGACCCAGCUCGCGAGGAAGUACUCGGUGCCGUUGCAGGCCGCGAUGAGCUUGGCGCGCGUCGGGCCGAGACCGACCUGGUUCUGCAGCACGUUGGGGAUGUAGUAGGUGAUGAGGUUGAUCCCGGAGAUCUGCUGGAACACCUGGUUGACGUAGGCGAGGACGGUGCGGUGGAGGUGGCGGUCCUUGCCCGUGCUGAAGAGGUGACUGAAGCUGCCUCUCUCCAUCUCGAGGACCGUGUCCUUGAUGGACGUGUACUCGUCGCGGAUGUACGCGCUGUCAACCGGCUUGUCGUUGAGCGCGGCAAGGACGUGCAUCGCUUGCUCGUCUUUGCCUUUCAGGACGAGCCAUCGUGGGCUUUCGGGCAUGCUCAUUACCAAGCCUUAGACGUUAUAGCGAUCGCUUCUACUACCAUGAAGGAGCGAAGCAGACUUACCGAGGAAACACCCAACGUUGUAACUCGCGACGGUGAUGCCCUGAUACGUGGAUCGAUGGCUGGACUCGGUAUCGGUGAUCCCAUCUUGCAUAGGAUCGAUACCGGGAAACUGCAAGCGGAAGGAAUCAAGCGUGAGGAGGCCGCCGGUCACACCUUGGUCGUAUCCGAAGAGGAGGAAAUCUAUGCCGGCAAUCACACCGACCGCGAUCUGUAG